AUGCUGGCAGUUCUGAGAGGAGUCUUGCAGCCUAUGACAAUGAGCCGGGCCAGAGGGCUUCUACAGGAGCGCAAAGCCAGCAUCUACAGCAAGCCACCCAAAAACAAGAUUGGACCUGGGCAAAGUUUCUUCAUCAUGUCCGUGUUUGCUGUUGCUCUCCUGGCCCCAGCAGGCUGGAUCCUGCACCAUCUCCCAGAAUACCGCCAAAAGAGCCAGCCUCCUCCCUCCUGAA